AUGAAUACCUCAAUGAUAAAUAGACUAGAAGAACUCAUCGUGCGCAAUAACCGCAAUGCAUCUCACGAGACCGCAGCCGCCGUCCUGCAAGACCUUGGAACCGCAUGCAUCUCAUUCGCCAUUCUCGAUCACCACAACAUAACAUCUCACUGCAUAACAUCAGGCAGCGAAGAUACAUCUACCCUCUUCCAAGCCUGCUCAAUCUCGAAAUCUGUUUGUGCGCUUUUGAUCUUCAAACUAAUCGAAUCCGGCCAUCUAUCUCUGCACACCUCGAUCUCAGCCUAUCUACCCAAGGAAGAAGUCGAUAAAUUAGAGACACCAGAAACUAAAGGAAUGGCAAAGUUCAUCACGAUAUCUAUGUUAUUGUCUCACACUUCUGGACUGGAAACUAGUGGUGUCUAUGGCUUUCCUGGGUAUGAUCUCAGUCGCAAUGCCAAUGGGCACUUUCGCGCUGCGUUGCCGGAGUUGAAAGAGGCGUUGGAAGGUGGUUGGCCGAGUAAUACUUUGCCUAUUCGGCUUAAGGAUUGGCCUGGUCAUAAUUUCAACUACUCUGGCGGUGGCUAUGAGAUUUUGCAGCUUAUCAUUGAAGAAGUGAUGAAGAAGCCAUUAGCCCAGGUGAUGCAAGAGUACGUCUUUACACCACUGGGAAUGAAAAGGUCGACUUUCGCUGUCCCUGACGACGAAGACUUGAAUACCAAAAGACAGCAGGGCAAGGGUAAUUAUGCAAGAGCACACUACAAUGGCUACACCGCUUGCGAAGCACCUCAUCGAGUGAACCCAGAACAGUCUGCUGCAGGAUUAUGGUCAACACCAACCGAUCUCUUGAUCCUGGUCUCGGCAAUCCAAAAGUCUCUACACAAUGAGAGUGGACUUCUUCCUCAACACCUUGCCAAGCAGAUGCUUGAGGAAGUUAUGUCGACCAUGGCUCAUGGCUGGUUCGUCACAAACACUCACUUCGGCCACAGCGGCAGCAAUGUGCCUGGUUGGAAGUGCAAUGUCAUGGCCUCUCUUGAUGGAAACCAAGGCUUCUGCUUCAUGGUAAAUUCGCUUGAGGGAGAUCCGGUUGGUUAUAAAAUGGAGGCGGCUAUGUCCUAUCUGCUUGGUUGGAAGAAGGCAAAGGAGUUUCUGUACAUGAGAACAUGCAUUCCUUUUGCUGAUGUCUCUGCUACUCCUCCUGACACAGCUGUUAUAGAAAAGUGGAACGGGAUGUGGAAAGAGAAGGGAACGCAAUUCAAGGUAGAGUUUUUGGCGCAAGAAGGAGUCCCAUGCUUGAAGGUUGGUCAGAUGCCGGAGCAGUGGUUGUGGAUCGCUGCUCACGGUGAAGAGGAGUAUCAAGAUGGAGGCAGAAUUGUUGCAGAUCUGGUGUGCAGAGGUGGAAUGGAAGUCUUGGUGAGACUGAUUGAGAGUAGCAAUAGCGAAGCGUUAAUGGAAAUGUGGAAUGGCAACACCGGAAAGAAGGUGGUGAUGGAGAGAGUAUCGUAA